GCGACGACCGAUUCCGGGAUAUAUCGGCCGCGUCUCUGGGCGGGUGUUUUGUUUUUUCCCCUCAAAGGAGCGAUUGCUGUCACCAAAUCGCCCAAUUCGGAGCGGUCGCCAAAUCGAGUGUUUGCCGCCGCCGUCGUCGUCAGGCGCCAGAUAAGCGGCAAGGCUCGGGUAGCGGCGCAGUCAGGGCAGCCAGUGUCGUGUCACACGCCGAGAGUGACCAUGGCGUUGAUCGUGAUCAGGGGCACAUGCAUGGUGAUGCUCGCCGCUUGCCUCGCUACCGUUCUGCUGCUUCUACCGUCGUCCGUCCGUGGUCAAGUCUGUCGAGUGCCGGGUUUCGAAAACAAAGGUCCCAUCGAUCCAGAUGCGUGCAGGAAUGUUACGGAAAUCAUCAGAGACAAGGGCUACCCCGUGGAAGAGCACAAGGUGACGACCAGUGAUGGCUUCGUCCUCAACAUCCAGCGAAUACCGGACGGCCGCAAGUCGCGCCACGCCAAAGGCCCGAAGCCGGUGGUCUUCCUCCAGCACGGUCUGCUCAGUUCUUCCGCAGACUGGGUCAUCAACUUUCCCCCGGAGAGUCUCGGUUACAUCUUGGCUGACGCCGGAUACGACGUCUGGCUGGGAAACGUUCGCGGCAACACGUACUCCGACCACGUCAAAUACACGCGGAAGGACAAAGAAUUUUGGAAUUUUAGUUUCGAUGAGAUGAUCAAGUACGACUUGCCUGCGAUGCUCGACUACGUCCUCAACACGACGCAGCAGACCAAGCUCAUCUACGUGGGCCAUUCGCAGGGAACGCUGGUUCUCUUCGGGCUGCUCUCGGAGAGGCCGGAGUACAAUAAAAAGAUCCAGCUAUUCAAUGCGAUGGGACCAGUGACGAACGUGACGUUCAUGACGUCACCGGUGCGUCUGCUGGCACCAUUCGCCAAAGACGCUGGAGUACUCUUCAAACUUUUCGGCGACUACGACUUCUUGCCCAACAACUGGUUCAUGAGGUUCCUGGCCAAAACCAUGUGCAAGUACCACGUGCUCAGGGAGGUGUGCGAGGGCGUCAUCUUCCUCAUUGUCGGCACGGACAUGCACGAAUUCAACGUGACUCGCCUGCCUGUUUUCAUCAGCCACACGCCAGCAGGGACCUCCGUCAAAAACAUGAUUCACUUCGCUCAGCUCGUUCGAGAGAAGCGGUUCCAGAAGUUCGACUACGGCAGCUCCAAAAACAUGGCCAUUUACGGGCAGAGAACCCCUCCCGUGUACAACGUAUCGGGGGUCAAGCUACCCGUGGGCCUCUUCUGGAGCCUGAACGACUGGUUCGCCGAUCCCACGGACGUCAGCAUUCUCACCGAGAAACUGCCAAACAUCGUACUCAACUACCAGGUGCCAGACCCGCAGUUCACGCACCUCGAUUUCAUCGUGGGAAUGCACGCAAAGGACAUUGUCUACAGCGCCAUGAUGAAGCUCAUGGAGCGGCACAAGAAGAAAGCCUACUUGAUAUAGUCUGAUCACAGCUUCGUGUUCCGAUCUCGUGUAAAAUGAAAUCACAUAAUUUUUCUCCCGUAAUCUACUCGACGGAAUCAAGUCCCAUUGUCCAAAGUGCGACAACAAAGACGGACCGGUGAACGUGGCAGAUCUGAUUUGGAAGGCCUCCCCCACUGAAGGAACCUUCAUUGAGGACUCGUUAUCAUCAGUCUAAUGACCAGAUCCCCACAGUGGCUAUGUGUUUUCACGGUCACUAUUUUAAGUUACUCCUAUCCUUGAGCGCGUCGUUGACUGUGGCCUGGACGAUUGCACGAUAGAGUAUGAACGGACAGCAGUGCAGGGCCCAGCCAACCCGUAUCGUCGGUUACCGUCCAAGAUAGGCUCUGUCCACCACCGUAGCAAUCGCUCGCAGAAAGAAUUUGAGCAUGUGCUACAACCCAUCACGUUUGUUUGUUUGCGUGACGUCAAGCAUUGCGGAAGUUAGCGGAAGUUUGCUACGCAAGGACGCAUUUGUGCUGCUGUUUUUUUGGACAGAUGAACUCAAAAAAAAUUUUAUCAGAAACUCUGACUUUUGUAGUCAGCUGAAGUGAUAAUAUUUUAGCUACAAACUCAAAUUUUUACAUUCUGAUGUGCCUUCAGGACUUGAAACGAAAAUCAGCUGGUGACUCACAGAUUUGAAGGGCCAACGCAGUAUGGCUUUGAGCGAGAAAUAUAUAUUUAUUCCUCGAUUGUAAAUGACUCUGUAGAUGUAGAGACUGGUAUUUUUUAUUAAUUUGAAAUAAAUAUGUUUAUAAACCACC